AUGGCUGGAACUUGGGCUUUAAAUCAGUUAAGAUAUACAGGAAUAGGAUAUGAAAGUAGAAGAGAAUUUGAUAAAGGAACCAAAAAAAUUGCUACUCCUGUGGGUUUAUUGCCUUAUGGAGAAAAAGUAAAAGUUAGUUAUAAAGGCAAUUUAUGUAAAGAGUGUAAAGAAAAAGAAACUGAACAAAAGGAAAGUGUAGUUUAUAAAUAUGGUUCAACUAGUGUAGAAGGAGGAGGUUUAUAUGAAAGAAAGGUUGAAGUUAAACAAGGAAACGAAACAAUUGAACUAACUCUUUUGGGAACAAAAAGCACCAUGGAAUUGAUUAAGGAAGAUAAGUUUUUGGCAAUGCCUAGAAAAUAUACAUUCAAAAGUCUUAAACCUUUUGGACUGUUGUUAAGAGAUGGUGAAAAAAAAGAACAUGAUUCAUCUAUUUACCACCGUUUAGGUUUAGUAGAAUUAGGAGCAGGCAGUGAAAAGUUGAAAGAAAAUGUUAAAAGUAUAGCAAUUCCUAACCAAGUCCAAAUAGAAAUCCCCCCUAAACAAAACUAA